CGUCAUGCAGGAAGCCAAGCUAGCCGCGAGGAGUCCUCUCCGACGCGCAGCCACCUCUUCCGCCGCCGCCAGCCACCGCUCCGUGCCCCUCGCACGCGCGCGAGCAGCGGACGGUCCUCCAUGGUCAGGCGGACGACGGCGGCGGCGCCGAUGACGGUGAGCGCCCGCGCAAGGGCGGCGAUGAUGGCCGUGGCCGUGUUGUGGUUCCUUGCGGUAGCGGCAGCCGGUGUCGCGGCGGCGCCGCGGCGGAUCCUGGUGGACACGGACAUGGACACCGACGACCUGCUCGCGCUGCUGUACAUCCUCAAACACAGCCGCUCCGAGUUCGACGUCAAGGCCAUUACCAUCAACGCCAACGAGUGGAGCGACGCAGGGCACGCCGUCAACCACCUCUACGACAUCCUCUACAUGAUGGGCCGCGACGACGUCGCCGUCGGGGUCGGCGGCGACGGCGGGAUUUCGAGCGCCGGCGACGUUCGCCCCGACGUCGGCGGCUACCUGCCACUGAUCGACCAGGGAAUGUCAACGGCCGGAGGCUGCCGGUACCGGCAGGCCAUCCCGUCGGGGCGCGGCGGACGGCUGGACGUCGACACCAACUCCGGGGUCCGGAGGGGCUUCCUCCCGCAGGGUUCCCGUGGGUACCGCCCGCUCCGGCAGCCCACGGCGCAGCGGGUGAUGGCGGACACGCUCUCCGCCGGCCCGACCACGGUGAUCCUCCUCGGCGCGCACACCAACCUCGCGCUACUCCUCAUGACGCACCCGCACCUGCGGCGGAACGUGGAGCACGUCUACGUCUCCGGCGGCGCCGUUAGGGUCCCGGGCAACCUGUUCACCGCCUCCGCCGCCAACCCGGCCGCUGAGUUCAACUUCUUCGGCGACCCCUUCUCCGCGUACCAGGUGCUCCACUCGGGCGUCCCGGUCACGAUGAUCCCUCUCGACGCGACGAACACGAUCCCCGUCACGGAGGAGUUCUACGCCGAGUUCCGGCGGCGCCAGAGCACGUACGAGGCGCAGUACUGCUUCCAAUCGCUGGACGAGGUCCUGGCGCGGCAGAUGAGGCGGACCGGCGGCGGCCAUGCCAACACGGGCUACUACAUGUGGGACGCCUUCGCCGCCGGCGUGGCUCUCUCCAGCAUGCGCCAUGGCGAGACCGGCGGCGUCAAUGAGUUUGCCGAGCUCGAGUACAUGAACAUCACCGUGGUAACCUCCAACGAACCGUACGGUGCGCGCGACGGCUCGAAUCCCUUUUUCGAUGGCCGAGCUACUCCAAAGUUUGGACUGCAAGAGGGUGGAGUUCACAGUGGCCAUGUUCAGACUGGGGUCAGAGAUGCCUUCUGCCUGGUGCCAGGAGGCAACAGAGGAAGAUGUGAGGAUGGAUUCACUAAGGAAGUGUCCGGUCCAGAAGCAGUCAGGGUGUACGUCGCAACGAGGGCGAAGCCGAACACCGAAAAAAAUAGCUCACUGAAUAGGGAAUUUUUCAAGAGCUUCCUAGAGGUUCUAAAUCUCCCUGAAAACGCUGGCCGUUUCAACAUAAGUACACAGUUCCCACAUUACAGAGAAAUUCUCUACAAGCCAGAUUUCAGGAAUGUAAGCAGGGGUAAGCCAGUUAUUUUUGACAUGGACAUGAGCCCCGGAGAUUUUGUGGCCCUCAUAUACCUCUUGAAGGAACCUAGAGAAGUAAUUGAUCUAAAGGCAGUUUUGGUCAGUGGCAAUGGCUGGGCUAAUAUCGCGAGCAUCGAUAUCGUUUACGACGUUCUACAUAUGAUGGGUCGCGACGAUGUCCCGGUCGGUCUUGGCAAUACCACUUCAUUGGGCAAUCCAACCCUUGGUUGCAAAAAUUUUUAUGCUAUUCCCCAUGGCAGUGGUGGAUUUAUUGAUUCAGACACAUUGUAUGGAUUGGCUCGGUCACUGCCAAGAAGUCCUAGAAGGUACAUGUCUGAAAAUUUAGAUCAUCCGGAACGCCAGCAGCCACAUGCUUAUGAUGUUUGGCAGUCAGUCAGGAAGCAACUUGGUCCAGGUGAGAAGAUCACAGUUCUUACCAGUGGACCUCUCACCAAUCUGGCCAACAUUUCACUAUCUGACAUCGAUGCAAGCUCUGUAUUAGAGAGAGUUUAUGUCGUCGGCGGAAACAUCAGAGAUAGUGAUCAUGACAAGGGAAAUGUGUUCACGGUUCCAUCGAACAGAUAUGCAGAGUUUAACAUGUUCCUUGAUCCACUGGCUGCAAAAACAAUCCUAGAAUCCAGUCUGAAUAUCACACUCAUCCCUCUUACCGUGCAACGAAAGGUUGCUUCAUUUGAGGGUAUCCUUGCAGCUUUGGAGCAACACACGCAGCAUACUCCCGAAUCAAGGUUUGUCCAUGGUUUGAUCUCGCUGCUACAGGAACUUCAGAUGAAACAGAAAUUGUAUCAUCACAUGGACAUAUUUCUGGGAGAAGUUCUUGGUGCAGUUUACAUGGUCCAAGGAUCUAACUUGGAACCCUCUGUGAAAGUCAAGCGAGUAAGCAUUGUUGCCAACACAACCGAAAGUACAGAUGGGCAAAUUUUGGCCAGGAGAAAGAGUGCAAACCUACUGAAAAUACUUUAUAAUUUAAACAAUGGAGUAUAUUACAACCAUCUGGCAAAUUCAUUGGCAAACAAUAAGCAAUCUGCGGUUGUUGGGAGCUUUGAAGAGCAAAAGGCAAUUUGGAGCAGGCCACAAAAACAAUUCAUGGCAAACAUAGCAAAGGAUAUGAAAUAAGUAAUGUUCUGAAGCAAUAUUGCUGGGAAAUGAUUAAUAUUAUAUACCAAAGGUCAAAACAGUUUACAGCAUAUUUCAUCAUUUUUAGAUUCAAAAAAUAGAAAGGGGUAUCGACAGAGUUACAGUUGUAUGAAAGGGAAUUCAUACAGCAAUGAAAUUUAUAUUUCUCCAGAUGGGGUUUCAUUUA